CCUCCCGCGCGGUCCCUCUACCUGCUGGGGGCGGGGAGGAAGAAAGGCGGGCACCAAUCGAGCGCGUGAGUCACUCUUCUCCCUUGGGUUAGGAGCAGGACUUCUCUCCCUUCCCUGGGUCUGCGCGUCGGCGGCUCCCCGUUCCGCGACUCCCUUGCUUACUUACUCUCCUGGGUGGCGCGACUGCUGCCUGAGGCUGGACCAGUCGCCUUUCCUUAUAGGUGAGGACCAGAUAAACUGACUAAGCUUCAAGAGUCAUAUACUUUACUGCAUUUGAGAAGUGAAAGAGGCCUGAAUUCUCAGUGAAAAUUUUCUAAGUACCAGCCAUCUGUAUAUAAGGGUUUUCUACAUUCUGUGCCCAGAGGAAUUGAUUCCAUUUCUGAAGCUUUCUGAGAGAUCAAAGUUCAGCAUCAUUAGUGAGUCUUAGCUACAGAUGGUAGAGCACAGCAUAUGGAGAGAAUUAUUUUUCAAUUCAAACAAGAAUGAUGUUCAUGGAUUGUAAUCUCAAUAAAACAUACCUCUGUAAUAUGAAAGACUACCCAACAUUUGUCAGCAAAUCUGCAGAGACCUUGUAAAAACCCUUUAAACUGAACAGCUGGGACACUAGGUUGGCUGGAGGGAACCUUAACAAUACUAAAUAUCUAUUUACCUUCUGGACGAUUCAUGUGCUGCCACACAGAGCUGCUGCUGAAAUACCAUGUCUAAGAACUCGGAGUUCAUCAAUCUAUCAUUUUUAUUAGAUCAUGAGAAGGAAAUGAUCCUGGGAGUCCUAAAGAGAGAUGAAUAUUUGAAAAAAGUAGAAGACAAGAGAAUAAGGAAGCUGAAAAAUGAAAUUUUAGAAGCAAAGAGAAGAAGUGGAAAGACUCAAGAGACCAGUAGAGUUUGUGUUCAUUGUCAGAAGAACCUUGGACUCAUCUUUGACAGAGGAGAUCCAUGCCAAGCCUGCUCACUCAGAGUGUGCAGUGAGUGUCGAGUCACAGGCCUUGGUGGCAGCUGGAAGUGCACUGUCUGUGCCAAAGUCGAGCAGCUGAAGUUUAUAAGUGGAGAAUGGUUUUUUGAAGAAAAGUCAAAACGUUUCAAGCACGUCAAUGUUCUCGGCACUGAUGUUGUGCGACAGUCAAUUUUAAGAAGAAGUCCAGGGUCUGGAGAAAUACAAAGUCAAGAGCAAGCUCACCAAGAUGUAGACAAGUCAGAUACUUCAUCUUCCAUCAAGCAGAAGGCCACCCAUGAUGGACACAAGAGGAAAGGUUUUCUUCUUAGCAAGUUCAGAUCAGCAACCAGAGGAGAAAUCAGAACUCCAAAACCUGAAAGUGGGAGGAGCUAUAGCUUGGACUUAGACAUUCAAAAUCUUCAGAGUGUCAAGUCAGCCCCUGGUUCAAACAGGGGAAGCACCACUUCAUCAGAUCUCAUUAACCAGGAGGCUGGACAAGGAACACCGAAAAGCAGCUACAGCAAUGGUGGAAUCCCAGGCACUCAGAGAUCACCAGCCCCAAGUGCUAGAAGUGUGACCUCCAUCAGCAGUAGAGAACAUGGUUUUGAAAAUACCAUGGCUUUGGCUGCCAUUGAAAGCACCUCUGAGGAGCUCACAAAGGGUCAUCGCAGAAAGACAUCUGGUACACCUUCCAUAGCAGUGUCUGGUACCACUCUUUCAUCAGACCGGAGUCGAUCUGAGUUAGAUUUGAGUGAGUCAUUUGCGGAAGACUUAGAGGAUACUUCAAGCAUAAGAAGCAGAUCUGUCCCUGGAGCAUUAGACAAAGACUUGAACUCCUUAGAAGAGACAGAAGAUGGAGUUGAUGAAUUAGUGUCCUCUGGGUUUUCUGCAAAUACCUACAGUCUGGCAAGUGGCCUGUCAACUAACUCCCAAGCAGGAUCUGAUAGGAAGAGGAGCUACCUAAAUGUCCCUGAUGCUGAUUCAGACACCACCAGCCUUAACAGCAUGAUGAGUGUUUACAGUGAAACAGGAGACUAUGGCAACGUGAAGGUCACUGGUGAAAUUCUUCUCCACAUCAGCUACUGCUACAAAACUGGUGGGCUAUACAUUUUUGUCAAGAGUUGCAGAAACCUGGCCAUAGGAGAUGAAAAGAAACAGAGGACAGAUGCUUAUGUCAAGUCAUACCUUCUUCCAGACAAGUCCCGAAACAAUAAGCGCAAGACCAAAAUCAGAACAGGUACCAAUCCAGAAUUCAACGAAACAUUAAAGUAUACCAUCAGCCACACCCAGCUGGAAACAAGAACCCUGCAGCUCUCAGUCUGGCACUAUGAUCGAUUUGGACGCAACAGUUUCCUUGGAGAGGUGGAGAUUGCUUUUGACUCAUGGAACUUUGAAAAUCCAUGUGAUGAGUGGUUUGUGCUUCAGCCCAAGGUGGAGCUGGCUCCUGAUAUUAGCCUUCAAUACAAAGGAGAGCUAACAGUUGUUUUACGUUACAUUCCUCCAGAGGAGAGCCCUAUAUUCCCAGUAGAACAACUUCAAGGAAAAAAGACCUUUAGGAAGGGGAAGAAGAAGGAGUCUUCUGCCAUUUCUGGGGGAAUACUUGAAGUGUUCAUCAAAGAAGCAAAGAAUCUGACAGCAGUAAAAUCAGGAGGCACUUCCGACAGCUUCGUGAAAGGCUACCUGCUUCCUGAUGAUAACAAAGCCACCAAGCACAAAACUGCUGUUGUAAAAAAGAGUGUUAAUCCUCAAUGGAAUCAUACAUUUAUAUUCAGUGGCCUGUAUCCUCGAGAUAUAAAGAAUGUUUGCCUAGAACUCACUGUCUGGGACAAGGAGGCCUUUUCCAGCAACAUCUUUCUGGGAGGUGUCCGUUUAAAUUCUGGAAGUGGUAUGAGCCACGGAAAGACUGUGGACUGGAUGGACUCUCGUGGGGAAGAACAACGCCUUUGGCAGAAGAUGCUUGACAACCUUGGAAUGCCUGUAGAGGGAGUUCUCAUGCUACGGUCCAGCAUGGCAAAAUGUAGGCUAUGAAGGGACCAACUGCAAGAACUAUAUCUCUGGAUGUCAGCUGUUUCCUCUCAGCAAAGGACUGGGACCUUGAAUUCUGUUUUCCUGCCGUUUCUCACCUAAGGGUAUUUGGACAUGAGAAAUAUGUCAGUAUGGUGAACAUUUAGGAUCUUGCUGAUUGCCGAUACACACACAUACACACACACACACACACACACACACACACACACACACACGAACACACCAUUCUAUAUAUUCACCUACACAGGACUCCCUAAUUAGGCAAUAGAAAAUGUACCACACCACCUUGCCAACAAUCAAACUGUGCAAUGGCUCACAGGCUUUGUGUUGAUAAAAAUAACACAAGCUUAUUGGAAUGUAUUUUAGAUUAGGAAUCCCCAGACUUUUUCCAACUGAGUUACUUAAAGUUUCUUCAGUUUGAGGAGAGAAGGUAAUGCAAAGAAGGUGGAUUGCUUGAAGAAUAACAAAGAGAAAUACUGGCCACCUUUUUCUUAUCCUAGGAUUACCUGUGAUAUAAAACAGGCAUCCAAGGGAUGGUUCAUCGGACAGGAUAGAACACUAUUAUAAUGGCAAACUUCAGGAUGGACAGAGUGUUUCAAGAUGUACUGGUGGGACGUUGGUAAUUACAAAACUCAUGAUGUAAUUCAGCCUCCUUUUGAAGGUGAAAAUAGUUAAAUGGUUACACAUAAUCACACACACAUACACAAUAACACACACACACACGAAACACACAGAAACAAACCAGAAUGUGUGUAGAAAAACGGAAUAUACUUUUUCUUGAUGGCAAUCUAGCAAUUAGAGAACUCUUACAAAAAUAUUUUGUAAAAUAUUUUAAGCCAUUAAGUAAAAUGAAAUGAGAAAUAAGGGCAAAUCAAUUCGUCUUUCUACAUUUCAUUCACUAGAGAGACUAGUUAAGUGAAAAAAGAGAUACUCUGCUGUCUGUUUCCUGUCAGGACUCCAUGUUCUCUUUCACUUUCCUCAAGUUCUUAGUAUUCUCUUACACUAUUAUAAUAGACACCCCAAAAGUCUUAAAAUGAAAAUCAAUUUUCUUUUGCCUAGGAAGGUUGCCUAAGAAAGCUCUGCUUCCUGUUAAUAGGCCUGAGGAUCUAAAUCAGAUGCUUAUAUCUCAUGCUCCUUAGACCAAACAAAUAGCCUGAGUAUGGCGAUGGCUGAGGUAUAAUUGCAUAAGUCUCACUGAUCAAUCACCUAAGUGUGUUAUGUCUCAUUGGCCAAAAGAAAGAUGUAUUGCUAAGUCACAAAUUAUUUUAAAAAGGAACUAUACCUUGCCCACAGUGAUGCCAAGACAAAAGUGAGGGUGUGAGAAAGGAUGGUGAAACAGAGGCCAGUAGUUGAACCCUGUUAUAAGUCCUGUCACUUUGGUACCUAAGCUACCAAAUUUAGAUACAAAGUCAGUUAAAUCCAGAAGGGAUGCCAAGCUUGGUUGCUUAGUUUGUGAGAUCCAGCCCUGGGGUCAAGAGAGCUGAAAUGACUUGUCCAAGAUCACGUAGAGGCUGUGACUGAAUCUGGACUUAAGCUUUUAGACAACUUUGACAUGACUCUGUGCCUAUCAAGGUGGAUUAUUUAAACAUUAAACAUACAUGCUCUAUGCCAGAUAUAGUGGGUUGCACUUGUAAACUCAGCACUUUAGAGGAAGAGGUAGAGGAUUGGGAGUUCAAGGUGAGACUAAGAUACAAGGAGAAUUUUAGGCUGUCCUGGACAGCCACACCCUAUCUCAACAACACUCCAUGCACCAAAAAUAUGCAUAGCCCAGAUAUGUUCUGGAGUCAGAUUCAAACCCCAAUUGCUCUUCAUUUGAAUACAUGAAAACCUCAGAAAAUGUAACAAAUGAAUGUCAUGGAAGAAUGAAACCAUGUUCAGGUUCAUCAUACAUAGUUAUUAUGGUAUACCAGAGAGUGCCCAGGCUAUUUAUGUCUUAAUCACAAUUCUAUCUUUACAUUCAUUCUCAUGGAAAAUCGCCUUUCUUGAAGAUUUAUUUCUAUAAUUUUAUUUAAUGAUGACAGCUCAGAUCUAACUGCCAGUAUGACAUCUCCAUCAGGAUAGCUUCUUUGAACUUAUAUUCAAACUAAGCACUCUACUAUCAAUCUUGUUUCCAAGUCCUCCUAUUUUAGCCCAUUCUACCCCAGUUCUUAGGAACAUCCCUCCUCUAACCAAUGACAGCAACCAGGCACCAGGUAAUGAUUUGUAUUUCUUGCUUCUCCUUUGCUCUGAGGUAAAAUCAGUCAGGGAAUCAUACUGUGUCUAUUUAAGUUUCCUUAUCACCAUGAAACCACCCAAGUCCAAACUAGGAUCACAAUUUUCAUGACUAUUUCAUGAGUCUCCUAACUCUAACCAUUUCACAUUAUUUAUUUAUUUAUUGUGUAUAUAAAUGAUGUGUGUUGCAUGUGCAUGUAGAGUCAGAGAACAGCUCUGUGGAGUCGGUACUCUCUUUUCACCUUUACAUGGAAUCUGGGGAUUGAAGCUAGGUAAUUAGUCUUUUGCUGCAAGUAUAUUACCAGAGGAGGCAUCUCUCUGGCCGUUGCCUUUACAAUCAUUCUUGUUCUCCAUCAUUUCAAACUAUAAACAUAGUGAUUAAUCUCAAAAUGGCAUGUUAAAUGUCAGAAUAUACAGAAAAAUUGAAAGGCCUUUAAGCACUCUUACACCGAUAACCUAAAUUAACCAUCUAGCAUUUGCACAUGAAUGUAAUUGUCUGUCUUUAUAGAGGUUAUGUCUGCCCAUCACCAAAGUGAUCUAUACAACUUUCCACAGGCUUUCAAAAUAAAAUACAAAUUAUUGUGUAUGGCCCAGCAUAAGAAGGUCUUUUCUCUAGUGUAUCCUAAGCUGUGCAUCAACCCCUGUCCUCCCUUUCUCUUCAGUCACCUUAUAUGCUUUUCUUGUCUUCAUCGGUACAAUCUUCAUGAAACACCCAGAUCUUAAAUGCUACUUCCUCUGGAAAACUUUCUUGAUCCUGUUCUGAACUAGGCCAUGGAAGCCUACCUUUAUUUCCACUCCACUACAGUCAUCACAAUUAUAAUAAAUUAUUCAUGUAAUGAGCCUUUUGAUGCCAUAUUUGUUGUCUCCCCUCUAUGUAACAUUCACAUGGGUUGAGACAAUGCGUUUUCACAUCUAUAUCCCCAGUGCUUCGCUUAGAGUAGCUUAUCAACACUAUUUGUGAAAUAAGUCAAAAGAAAACAAAAAAACUAUUUGUGAAAUAAGUCAAAAGAAAACAAAAAUAACACCCCAUAACCUUACAUUAGUAAGCAUUUUUAAAAGCCACCAUUUCAAAGUAAGAGGGGAGGAGGAAAUAGAGCAAGGGUGGAUAGAGGCUUGCAUAUCUUUUUUUUUAUAUACUUGAAACAUUGUUUACCAAAAUAGUUAGAAAACAGACAAUAAUUCAGAAAAGAAUAAAAUCCAUCUUUCCUUUUUGUUUUAAUUAAUUAUUUGUGAAUCCCACUCAGCAGCAUCUGCCCUUGCACGUUUCCCAACAAAAUAAAAUAAAAAACAAAACAACAAACAAGCAAACAAAAACAAAACAAAGCAUAGGAAACACAUCAUCAUGAAAGCUGUAGUUUGUCAUUGUGUAUUCCACCAUGUACCCUUUUGUCCAUACUUCAUUGCAAAUGUUCAUUGCAGUGAGUUGUUCAUUGGUCUGGUUCAAGACCUCUGGUUUCUGGUACACCAUCAAUUAAAGAUCCUCACCGAGACUUCUGUCAGCGAUCUUGUUGUUGCCCUGUGUCAUGGAGAUGAUGCAGCUUUUGGUCAGCAGGACCAGCCUCUUCAUGUGCUCCAGCAGUCCAUAGAUGAGGGAGAUGUUGUGGUAAGCCAACUCAAAGCCUUGGAUCUAGGCCUAGGUGGUAGCUGAGUUGGUCAGCCUGCCAGCUCUCCUUCAUCCACAGCACCAGGGUGAGCUCUCUAGCACUGCCCUGGCUAGCUAACACAGGGACCAGGGUCAGAUCUACUGUAGUGCCCAGUCAAGGUACAAGGCCCGCUCUGCUCUCCCAAGUGUUGCAUCAGAGGAGGGGCGAGGCUUGCAUAUCUUAACUAAGGGUUUGGUCAUUGACUGAAUAAAAUGGAGUCUACUGAAAGUUUUGAACUGAAGAAUGACAAAAUAGUAUGCAUCUUAACAGUAUCUCUCUGACUGCUGUAUACAGUACAUGGUGAAGAGACAGCAACCUGCAACACUGAGGCUAUUUUCUACUACAAGUAACAAAAUAAAAAUCUAAAGGUUAUGGAAGAGUGUAGCUGGAGAGUUAUCCAUAAGCCUAGAAAAUAGGUGUUUCUGUUUGUUUGUUUGUUUGUUUGUUUGUUUGUUUAGUUUGCACAGCUGUGUUCUUCAGACUAGGUCAAUCCUGUAUUAAGACUACUGAUUUUUCAUCACUUUUAUAGGCACAAUGCUGAUGAUUAUUAGAUAUGCUGAAUGAAAGUUGUAGAAGGGAGAGAAUUUUGGCAAACUAAGAGUAACUGACAGGGAGACAUUACUAAAGUUGGUGAACUGUGUCAAUGCUUUUUAGGAAAUCUGUGGAAACUAAAAAUCAAAUUUAAGUUUUCAUAUAUGUUAUUCCUUAUUGUUAGUAAAUGAAAUCAAUAAAUUUUUCAUGAACAUAAAAAAAUCACCACGGAUAUGCCAAAUAGGUUAAUUUGAGAAAUGCUGUAUUUAGAAGACAGACUCUACUUACUAUUACAGAAUAUGUUCAAAUAUGCUGAAGAUAAAAAUCUAUUGUCAGUUUUUUUAAUAUGAUCAAAUCGAGGAAACUGCUAGUGAUCCAACAACCCAACUUUUCUGUCUUUACUAUCCCUUCCUUAGAUCUUCUCCUCCACUAAAAGCCAUCUUCUUCUAUGGCCCAUCCAUUCCCCCCCCCCAUGACAUAUGGAGGAAAUAUGCCUUUCUCACAGGAAUCUUUCAAUGCUCUUAAUCAAUAUAAACAAAUUCACCAUCCUGUCAAAACACACUCCAUGGAAACACAAGCUAAUGUGUCACCAUGAGUAAAGCAUAUAUUCCCUCUCACUUCAGUGACUUUACUAGAAUUCAUCAACCUAUGUUGGAGAAGCAUCCUUUAAAAAGUGAAACUGCGUAGAUAAUUGGUAUAGCCUGUGGAUGCCAAAAGGCUCAUAUUUUUAUCCAAUAUUUUAAUACAGAAGAAAGUUUUCUGUGUUUUCCUUUUGCUCUGAGGCCAGAAUUAACACACAUAAUUAAAGCAAAAUUUAGAUCACUGGAUAGGAGGUCAGAGAACUAGAUACCUGUUUAAAUCAGAAGAGUACAUCCUUGUCUCUGUUGUUAAAUAUAGUUAAGCAGAGCUGGAUACAGUGGUGCAUACUUUUAAUCUCAGCACUUGGGAGGCAGAGGUAGGUGGACCUCUGUGAGUCUGAGGUCUACAGACUGAUAUCCAGGACAAUCAAAGCUACACAGAGAAACCAUGUCUUGAAACACCAAAAGAAUAUUUGGAAAGCCACAAAGGGAAUCUGAUUAUACUUGCUAAAUAUUUUACUUACCAAUUUCAUAUUUUGAUAUCAUAAAUUUCAAACUUGUUCAUGAAAAUGUGUAGGAAUUGAUGAACCACAACACUGAGGUUUUAUUUUCAAUUAUUUUCUUUUAGAAACAAGUAAGGAAGGUAGCCAUUCUAUCACAGAACAGUCUUAUGAAACACUCAGAGAUGGAAAUAUGAUUGAGAACUGCAAAUAUGUUUUUUCUUCAUAAAUAGAUAUUUUAAAAGAGAGAUUAUUGAUUUUCAAUUGGCAUAGAGAAAGGGACAUCUAGACUCCUUUCUGUCUUUUUCUGGUGCCCCUUGAAUUGAUAGCAUACAUACCAGAGGCUUAGGAGUCCCCUUCUUUUUUGCACAUGGGUUUCUGGAAAUAUCAUUAUUCAAUUUAAACUCUUUCCUGUCACCUCAGAACCCAAGUUAACAUUAUUUACUUGCAAAACAUCUGAAUUAUCAGAAGCAUGUGAAGAGGCAAGUUACCUUGGCAGCUUCCCAAAGUCCUAAGAGGCACUGAAAUAUAUGCCUAAAAGGCAUUGGAAAUAUAAUGAAGUGGGGAACUGCUCUCAGGAAGAAUAUGGUAUUAACAGAAAAAAAAAUAGCUGCUUGAACAUAUAGAAGAGGUAGAGAUCCUAACCCUGAAGAGCAAUUCAUGGGUGAUAAAUUUCUUUUUAAGGGCAGUUUUCUAAAAGACUUGGGGAGGUGCAGUUGUUGCUGAAUAUGUUAUACCAGUUUGGGCCAGACAUAAAUUCUGAAGAACAAAGGGGAAAGAGGAAUUUGCCUUACCUGAGGAAUUCCUUUGUAUCUCUUCCAUAAGUAAAGUGUGCCUCAAUAAAAAUGUCAUACAAAUAGGUAAGGAAGAUAUCAAAGACAUAAAAUGGUGGAGGAAUGAUGUAACCCUGUCUACUCAAGAUGCUUCGGCAGGAAGAUCACAAGCUAGGGGCUAGCCUGGGCAACUUAGGAAGAUCUUGUCUCAGAAAAAAAAUUAAGACUUGAGCUGGAGCUCAAUGUCAGAGCACUUGUCUCACAUGUAUAAGACCUUGGGUUCAGUCUUCAUCAACAAGAUUAAAUUACAUUAAGUUUAUCUGAGAAAUUCAUCAUGCCAUCAGCUCAGGUAAUGGCCCAGCUCUGUGACUGUAGUGGGUCUCCCAUUCCUGGAAUAAGAUUGCAUUCAUGAGCAAGCCUAGGUUUUCUCUGGGACUUACAGAUUAGUCUAGGGUUUCAGUGUGUUAUACAAGAAAAGCACAUUUUUAAUGUCUCAUGAGGAUUUAUGAAUCACUGAGCUACAAAGUAAGAGCUAUUCAGGAAAAAUUAAAGGGGUAAUUUUCCCCUUCACAGAUGGAAUCAUCUAUACAUGUGUUCAUUCACUUACCAAGGUAGUCUCCUAAACUUUCUUUUUCUGCUAAGAAGGUGUCCUAUUUUGCUUGUUUCUUGUUAAUAGAUUUUACUGCUUAGAGAAAAACUGUGUUUACAGAAAAACUGAGUAGAAGCUUCAGAGAGUUUUAAUAUACGAUUUAUCUCCACAGUUCCUCCUGAUUAAUCCUUUGAAUUAGUGUGGCAUAUUCAUUAGAACUGAUGAUAGAUACAAUAUUUGCACACUAUUUUUAACUAAACAUGAAACUUUAUAGUAAGGUCCAUGUUUUGUGAUUUAGAGUACUGCUUGUCUUGACAAAUACAUAAACAAAGUAAAUAUUCUUAAUAGACUUGCUGCUUUUUGCUUAGCAAUAUGCAUUUAAGGUUUCUUUCAUGUCUUUUGUGAUGUGAUAGUUUAAUGCUUCCUGUGGUAAGUGCACUUAAUAUGAUGUCAAUCCUUUUCACAAAAUUUUAAGUGUUUUAUAUACGUAUAGGUAUAUAUGUUUGUUUUAAAGUAUUAGGAAUAAAGUAUACACUGAGAAAUAAAUGUUUUUAAUCUCAAGAGAUGAUAGGAACUCUGCAUUCAUUUGCCUAUUUUGUUGUUGGCUACAAAGUUCCUAUUUGCUUACCUUAACAUGUUUAGUACAAAAUUAGUAAUAAUAAUAUGGAAAUGUUUAACAUGUUUACUUCUAAGCUUCUGAAUGGAAUAUUUAUUCUAGAAUAAAGCUGCAUGCCAUCCUGUAUGUGAUGCAAAUUAUGAUGUCUUGUUCAUUAAAUUCACUU